AUGUUUUUUGAGGUUUCGACGGAAAACGUAACUUUACAUUGGACACGAGAUGAUAAAACGAAUAGUAUAAUUUUUUCUCAAGAUAAUUCAUCGGCAAAAUAUAUAAUCACUGUUGUAACUAAUAAUCUUAUGCGUAUUCGAGUUUGGCCUAAAGGAAAACCAGUUACUACACGUACAUGGGCUAUCGUUGAUCAAGACACAAAUGAUGUUCCAUAUGAAGGUCGUCUCCGUCAUGAAAUUCCAAUAAUUAAGAAUAAUAAUGAGUCCUGUUUUUUCAAAAUAAUUGAUGAUAAAGAUCAAAUAACAGUAUCUACUGAAAAGCUUGUAUGUAAAAUUCAUCUAAAUAAACCAUUUGCAAUAACAUGGAUUAUAAAUAAUGAAAUUAUUUUACAAGAUAAUCCUAUUUGUAGUUAUCAAUAUCAUCAUUCAACACAACAAUUUCGUCAUACAUUAUCACGACCGUGCAUUGAUAAUGAGUAUUAUUAUUAUGGUUUAGGUGAAAAAAGUGGUGCAAUUGAUAAAAAAUUUCGUCGAUAUCGUAUGAGAAAUAUGGAUGCAAUGGGUUAUAAUGCUGAAUAUAGUGAUCCACUUUAUAAACAUAUUCCAUUUUAUAUAACAUUACGACAUGAACGUGCUUUUGGUUUAUUUUAUGAUACAACAUAUGAGUGUACAUUUGAUAUGGGUUGUGAAAUAAAUAAUUAUUUUGGUAAUAUGUUGUAUUUUGAAACAAAAGAUCCUGAUCUUGAUUAUUAUUUUAUUAAUGGUCCUUUAAUUGAACAUGUUAUUGAACAAUAUACAAAAUUAACUGGUCGUUGUCCAUUAGUACCAAAAUGGACGCUUGGUUAUUUAGGUUCAGCAAUGAAGUAUACUGAUUCAUUAAAUGCACAAAAUAUGCUUAAAAAAUUUAUUGAUAAUUGUUCAAAAUAUAAUAUUGAAUGUACUGGUUUUCAUUUAUCAUCUGGUUAUUCAAUGAGUAGUGACGAUGGCAAACGUUAUGUAUUUGUUUGGGAUAAAAAACGUGUUCCAUCACCAUUAACAGUAACAAAAAAUUUUCAUCAAGCUGGAAUGAAAGUAUUAGCUAAUAUAAAACCAGCUAUGCUUACAACACAUCCAUAUUUUAAUGAAUGUCGUUCAUUAUUUAUAAAAAAUGAACAUAAAAAUCAACCUGAUCUUUCACCAUUUUGGGGUGGUCUUGGUGCACAUUUAGAUUUUACUAAUCCAAAUACUGUUACAUGGUGGAAAAAUCAAAUAAUAACAAAAUUAUUAGCUAAUGGAAUUGAUUGUACAUGGAAUGAUAAUAAUGAAUUUAAUAUAGAAAAUUCUCAUGCAAGAUGCUUUAAUGGUCAAAACAUUGAAAGUAUGAGACCUAUACAAACAAUAUUAAUGGUUAAAGCAUCAUAUGAUGCACAAAUAACAACAAAUUCUAAAUAUCGUCCAUGGUUAUUAACACGUGCUGCAUAUUCAGGUACACAACGAUAUGGUGGUACAUGGACAGGAGAUAAUUAUUGUUCAUGGCAUACAUUAAAAUAUAAUAUACCGAUGGGUUUAAAUUUAUCUUUAAGUGGUUUUCCAUUAAUAGGUCAUGAUAUAGGUGGAUUUGCUGGUGAAAAACCUUCACUUGAAUUAUUUGUUCGAUGGAUACAAAAUGGAAUAUUUCAUCCAAGAUUUUGUGUACAUUCAUGGCGUCCAAAUGAAAAUGAUGAUGAUGAUAAUAGUGAAAAUUCAUUAUGGAUGUAUCCAGAUGCUUUACCACUUAUAUAUGAUGCGUUAAAUUUUCGAAAACGUUUACAACCAUAUUUAUAUUCACUUUCACAUGAAGCUAUGAUAACUGGUCAUCCAAUAGUUCGUCCUACUGUUUAUCAUUUUCAAUCUGAUAUUAAAUGUCGUGAUCAAUCAUUUGAAUUUCUUCUUGGUCCGUGGUUACUUGUUGCAUCGGUUUAUGAAGAAAAUGCAAUUAAUCGAACAUUAUAUUUACCAUCAGGUACAAAAUGGUACAAUUUUUGGACAGAUGAAAUUUAUGAUGGUGGACAAAUGAUAACUGUACCAGCAACAUUAGAUAUAUUUCCAUUAUUUGUACGUGAAGGUGCAUUAUUACCAUUUGAAAUUGAUGAACAUUUAGAAAUACGUGUUUAUCCAUUUGAAGAAAAUGGGACAAGUGAAUUUAAUAUAUAUGAUGAUGAUGGUGAAACAAUGGAUUGUUAUAAUGAAUCGGAAGGAAAAUUUGAUUUACAAACAAUUCGUCUUUCAUGUAAUCAACGUCAAAUACAUAUUGAAACAUUUGUUAUUGGAGGAAAACCGAAAUCUAUACAAUGGCGUUUUCCUACAAAUGAAAUGCGUUUUUAUCAAAUAAAUGAAGGAUAA